AAAUUUAAAACAAGAUAAAAUGAGGUGGAGUGAAUCAAUCACUCUAGAGUUCGUGAAAAUAUAUAUAAAACACGAAUGCCUGUGGAACCCCGCGCACACUGGUUAUAAAUUAAAAUAUCAACGAGAAGAAGCUUACAGCAGUAUUCAAUCAGAUUUCAAAGCGGCCACAGGUAAAUCACUGAGUAUUCCCGAGAUAAAAAUAAAGAUAAAGAAUUUAAGAACAACCUACUGUCAGCAAGUGCAGAAAAUACUGCAGAAGUCGAGUCCUGAUGCCAUAUACGAACCGUCUUUAGUUUGGUUUCAUGAGAUGGAUCAAUGUUUGAAAAACGUACCAACUAACAGACAUUCUACGUCUUAUAUCAAUACCCAUGAAAUUCCAGAGGUUGACUCUUCCUGCCAAUUGUGGGUUGACCAGGAUCUGCCAAAUGAGAAUACUGAAGACUCCAACCCAGACCCCCUUGUGCCACAUACUGAUGAUGAAUAUGACUCCAACCAACUCGAACACACAGAAAAUAUUAAAAAAGAAAGGCGCAUUUCGCCACCCUUUAAGAAAAUUAAAAAGAAAAAAAUCAAGCAUAGAGCUACAGAUUACUAUUCAGAAUCUGUUGACAGUACAAAUCAUCCAAAAGAGGAUGAAUUUGAUAUUUAUGGGAAAUUUAUAGCGUCACAAUUGAGGAAGAUGGAUGAGAGGAAUUCUUUGAAACUGAAACUGCAGAUUCACAGUCUCAUCAGUGAGGCUAGGAUGUCUGAUUUAUCAAGAAACAACUUUAUUUAUUUAAUAAACAUUGAAAAACAACAUCUAAUAAAAACAAACAUGAGAUGGAGUGAAAAAGAAACGUGUACUUUUGUCAAAUUGUACCUGGCGAAUGAAGCACUCUGGAAUCCUAGAGUUCCCGAGUACAAAUCCAAACCAGAACGGCACAAAGCUUAUACUAAAAUUAUAGCUGAAUUCAGAGCUUCUACGGGCAUGCCUUUGACGGAACCUGAAGUGAGAACCAAGAUUAAGAACUUAAGGUCCACGUACAUACAGGAGGUCAAUAAAAUACGUAAGCGAUCUAGCCCGGACUUUGUUUUCAAGCCUUCGAUCAAAUGGUUCUAUGCUUGGCAUAAACGGUUUAGCAAGACGCUUAGAAGAGAUCUGGACGUUAUGGACGAUGCAUUUUUUGAUCACGAAGAACAAAUUGAUGAAUCAUGUCAAAAAAUAUGGGUUAGUCCAGACGAAGUCAAUGAUAACUCCAAUUCUGACCCCUUCGAGUCCGAACAAGACAACUUCCUUCUAGUCCUCAAACCUGAGCCCGAAGACAUAAAGCAAGAAGCGACACAGAGCUCGUACAAAAUAAAGAAGAAAAGAUUUAAACAUCGCCACAGUACCGAUAACUCGGAUAGAUCAUAUAGGAAUAGCAUAGACAAUGAGGCCAAAGAAGAUGAAUUUGAUAUUUAUGGUAAAUUUAUAGCAUCACAGUUGAGGAAAAUGAAUUUGCAGAAAGCGCUACGGCUGCAACUGGAGAUUCAGAGUUUAGUGAGCGAGGCUAGGAUUUCAGAUAUGGAACAUUGA